UUUCUUUUUUGCCGCUGAAACCAUGAAACCCACCGGCGCUCUUUCUUCACUUCGCUCUCUUCUUUCGGACGCCCUUUUCUCUCCAAUGCUUCACUCUUCCAAACUCGGAACAUCUGCUAGCCAUUUUCUCAUCAACCAAACACUCCUCAUGCCACUUUUCUAGCUCUCUUCUCAACUAGUCUCAACCCAUGUCAACAUUUAGCAACUUUGCUCUGCAUGAACUCACCCGCACCACCCCAUUGCUGGGUUUACAACUCUACAUCGUUGUUUUCGUUUUCCUCUUCAUCUUCGUCGUUCUGGUGCUUCUGAUCUUCCUCUGCAUUCGCCGGAAUCGAAGGUCCACCAAUCCUAGUACUCGAGCCAGCCAGAGCUCCGGCGUAAUUCCGUUGGUCUCCAAGGAGAUCGUGGAGAUCGAAGCCUUGGAUCUUCUUGGUAUUGAAGAGAAAAAGCUUAAGGUUGAAGGUCAUGAUCUGAGGAAGGAGGCGGAAGCCGAGGAGAUCAAUGUUGGAUUUAGUAGAGGAAAAAAGGGCAGCGAUGAGAGCGAUAACGUGGACGGUCUGAAGAUGGGGUGGGGCCGUUGGUACAGCUUGGCGGAGCUUAAGCUUGCGACACGUGGAUUCGCCGACGAGAAUGUGAUCGGAGAAGGAGGUUAUGGAAUUGUGUACAGAGGAAUUCUUCAGGAUGGCUCUGUAGUUGCUGUGAAGAAGCUUCUAAACAACAAGGGUCAAGCUGAGAAGGAGUUUAAGGUGGAGGUUGAGGCUAUUGGAAGAGUAAAGCAUAAAAAUUUGGUGGGUUUAAUAGGAUAUUGUGCCGAAGGUGCUCAAAGGAUUCUCGUUUAUGAAUACGUUGAGAAUGGAAACUUGGAGCAGUGGUUGCACGGUGAGGUAGGGCCUGCUAGCCCCUUAACAUGGGAUAUACGUAUGAGGAUCGCCAUAGGAACAGCAAAAGGGCUAGCCUAUUUGCAUGAAGGGUUAGAACCUAAAGUUGUGCACCGAGAUGUGAAAUCCAGUAACAUUCUUCUGGACAAAAGAUGGAAUGCCAAGGUAUCAGACUUUGGACUGGCCAAACUCCUAGGAUCUGAGAAAAGCUAUGUGUCUACACGCGUGAUGGGGACAUUCGGAUAUGUUUCACCUGAGUAUGCUAGCACAGGUAUGCUUAAUGAAGGUAAUGAUGUGUAUAGUUUUGGAGUUCUGCUGAUGGAAAUAAUCACCGGAAGAAGUCCCAUUGAUUAUUCUAGAUCGCCGGCAGAGAUGAACUUGGUCGACUGGUUCAAGGGAAUGGUGGCAAGCCGUCGUGGUGAUGAGCUAGUAGAUCCUUCAAUCGAGAUUAAACCCUCUCCGAGAUCACUAAAGCGAGCUUUGCUGGUUUGUCUGCGCUGCAUAGAUAUGGACGUCUGUAAGCGGCCAAAGAUGAGUCAAAUUGUUCAUAUGCUAGAGGCAGAUGAUUUCCCCUUUCGUUCCGAACUUCGGACAGCUAGAGGGAAAGAUCCUGUGGCUUCUCCUACAGCUAUUUGCAGCAAACUUUCAUAUCCACCAAAGCAUGUGGAGUCAGUUGAGAGAACAAGAUGGCGAUGAUUGCUUGUAACGUAGCUGAUAUGGAGAUUCUGAACAUCUAAAUUUCAUAGCCUGCUUUAGAACUCUAAACACCAAUAUUUUAUGUCUGUCACUGUAUGAUGAUCAUGUGAAGACUUACUAGUCUUGUACAAAUGUACCUCCCAUGCCAUAUAACUUGGAUUCCCUGGAACGAUUUUAGAUAAAUUGAUGAGAGAGAUAACCAUAUAACGGUGGGCCUCAUUUUUUUCAAACUUGGGUUCUUCUGUGUUUAUCUCUUCCAUUACUUUAUUUGAAAACUACUGAGGGAUCCAAUUACAAUAUAUAUCCGUUUGCAUUUCUAGAAGUUACAGACAUAACUCCUUGUUGUAUUGCAUUGGUUAAUUGAUGAAGAUAGUGUUAAGUAUCUCGUUUAAUUAUAUUGGACACCAACGUCGUUCAUUUU